GCGCAGUGUUAAAAGGUUUUAAUUGAUUGUUUGCUGAAGCUAAAAUUCACUUAUUGCCUCAACGUUCUUGAUAAGCUUAUGCAUGCGUGGUUCAAACAAGUAUACAACAUUACGCUUGUCUCGUGAACAUUCGGCCGGCAAAAUGUCGCUAAAACAUUCCAGCAGCCAGAGAGCAGGCAACUUGUCGAACAAUGCCAGAGCGUUUUCGAUCGCGUCCCUCGUCCAUGAAGAAGAACUUGAGACAAGGCCUGAUGAGAAAAGUCUGCUAUCUGAAAGAGAAAAACACUACUCACCGGUCCCACGAAAGAAGCUUAAAACUUUAAAACCAAAUGCCAUACUGGAAGGCAAGGAACUUUGGAACUGCUUCUAUCGGCUAGGUACAGAAAUGAUAAUCACGAAGACAGGAAGGCGAAUGUUCCCGACCGUCCGUGUAUCCUUCGUGGAUCUUGAACCUGAUGCUAAGUAUGCAGUGUUGUUGGAUAUUAUGCCUCUGGACUCUAAGCGGCACAGGUACUCUUAUGCGGACUCCGCCUGGUUCGUUGCAGGAGAAGCCGAUGCAGCGCCCCCUAAAGUAAUGUGUGUUCACCCUGACUCCCCGUUCACGGGGCAGCAGCUGGAAAGACAAGUUCUCUCAUUCGAGAAAGUCAAGUUAACGAACAACCGAGAUGACAAGCGAGGAAAUAUCAUUUUAAACUCCAUGCACAAAUAUCAACCACGAAUUCACUUGGUCAAGGAUCCUGCAAGUGAAAAUGUUCACAAAACAGACUUGACGGAAGCGCAGACCUUCGUGUUUCCAGAAACGACAUUCAUGGCGGUCACUUCGUAUCAGAAUCACCUCAUAACGAGACUCAAGAUUUACAGUAACCCGUUUGCUAAAGGAUUCAGGGACUCGAUCAGAUUUUUAGGUAACACAGAAAGAGAGAGCUAUUUAAUGUCAAAUGGCAUUCAAGCGUAUGAAAAUGAGGAUGGCACAUGCUUUCUUUCAAGUGGAGCGCUGACCUAUGACUCAAGAGACUUGUUUAGUGAUGAAAUUUAUCAAGUAUCAGCCCCUGCACAGUGGGGAUCAUGGGAAGAUCUCUCAUGCUGUCACUCAAGCAGCGUCACUCUUAGCAACAGUUGCUACCCUCACUCCAUCCAGUGCGCAAGCUCAAGUGAUGUCUACAACAGGGCGCAUGCGUGGUGGCGUUAUCCAAUCUCGCAUCCAGAAGAUGGCGUUCUGAUUAAAUACUAAGAGAAGCUCAUCAUAGAGCCCUUAAAAAAUACUCCGUGGUAACAAUUCAUUGUUAUUCAAUAGACCGUAAAUCCUCGAGUUAGCCCCUUGCGCGCCCUUCUUAGAUUUAGGAUAAAAAGUGGGGUGGGAGGCUUGUUCAAAGAAGGGCAUUUGACGGGAUGGGGGAAAGUUUAAGUGAUCCCAAACCGUGGCCAGAUAUUCUCGUUCCUUGUAAUACAACAUCAGUUGUGUUUAAAUACACAAAGAAAAUCAUAAAAUUUCAAUAACGGCACAGUUGGUACUUUUAUUUUUCCAAACUAAUCGUGUUCCAGAACUAUACAAGAACAGAAUUCAGGUAGAAAUCUUAUGCUGCGAUCACGUGUUUAACUAUUUCGGCGAGCCCGGUCAAUUUUGCUUUAGAACGGGAAAGGGGGAGGGGGCGCUUAUUUAAAAUUUUUGGUAGAUGGAAGGGGUGCUUAAUAAAACGCGCGCGAGGAAAGGGCACUUUAAGGGAAACGCGCGAGGGAAGGCGCUGAUUCAAGGAUUUACGGUAACACAUUUUACUUUCAAACCAAGAAAAUAAUAUCACUUGUUAAUGUUGUUUCUCUAAACCAGGAGAUAUUUGCAAAGUUAUUUAUUUAUAAGAUGUAUUUAGUUCAAUUUUCUAAGUGAUCGUCUAUGGCGUAAUGACGGGCUACCAUCAAUCUCAUGAAGGCCUCGAUAUAUGGGAAUACGUCCUGGUGUUUUUUUAACAAUUUAUCAGUAUGGUGUCUCUCAACCAGCAGCGUUGGACGCCAUGUUAGCUGUUAUUGGGCAAAAAAUGCACAGGUUACAUUUGACUGAGAAAUUUGAAAUCAGUCUCCUCGGCUUCAUGUUUAGUGUUAGCUUAAUGAAUUUACGUAAUUUUUUUCAAUUAUAGUCCUUGAAAUAGUGCCCGAUGUGCGUCUUUUAAAGCUUCUUUGUCGAGUUUUUUUCGUAACUGAAACGACGAUUCCAAACCUUGUGGUAGUUCUAUCGUUUCUAACGGGGUUACAUAACAUUGUUUUUGGUACGUAGUUGUACUGGUGUCACAUGACCCUUCAACUCCCAAAAGUGAUUAACAUGUAAAUUCUCCCUAUUCUAUCUGUUCAUUAUCGAGCAAACAGGUAAUGAGAAUACUCAAACUUAUCAGGUAG